UAUCCUGCUUAUGUUGUAGGUCAAUGGUGAAUUGCAUCACGCUGAAUUCUACGAGCAGAGUAGUCUUGACUAGCUGCCGCAAUGCUUUUACCAUGGUCGCCAACCUUAGCCUAUAUGCAGUUGCUUUUGUGGUAUUUAAGAUCAGCUCAUCAGUGACUGUUAUCGAUGUUGAGAAUCAGUAUCGCUGGAUAGCAUAUUUGUCAAUCUUCAUUGGAUGCUGUUUUGUGUGUGUAUUUCAUCUUGGGACUCGAGAGCCAAGAUUGAAGAAAGAAGCUCAUGCAAAUAGUUAUGCUAGAAUUUCAUGGGCUUACUGGUUUAAGAAAAUUCUGUACCACCAAGUUGCACUUGUUUAUGUACUCACUAGACUAGUGACAAAUGUUUCACAGACAUUUCUUGCUUUCUACGUCAUCAAUGAUCUGCAAAUGGCACAGUCAUCAAAAGCUUUGGUUCCUGCAAUCAUCUAUAUCUGCAGCUUCAUUGUAUCGAUCUUCCUACAGGAGAUUGGGUGGACCGGUCGACGGUUAAAGGCUUUCUAUUCUGUUGGAGGACUUCUAUGGAUAAUUUGUGGUUUGGGAAUAUUCUUCCUGCCAAGAAGCAUGAAUUCUAUAGUAUAUGCUUUGUCGGUAGUGAUUGGAGCAGCAAAUUCAUUGAUGAUGGUGACUGCAGUAAGCAUGCAGAGUUUUCUAGUUGGUAGAGAUCUCAAUGGCUGUGCCUUCGUUUAUGGGUCGUUGAGCUUUCUCGACAAAAUAUCAUGUGGGUUGGCAUUGUGUGCUCUCGAGUCUUACCAGAGUUCUACUCCAGGGCUGCAGUACUGCAGUCCAUUAUAUUUUUGUUUUUCUGUGACAAGAUUUGGAUUAGGUCUUGUUCCAGCCAUUUGUGCACUUGUUGGGGUGCUGGUGACAUUCAGCAUGGAGCUCCAUGCACCAGCUUUAAAUCCUUCACUGGAACCUUUACUGGCAUAGGUUAGAAGAAUGAAUCAUACUACUUUUAUUUCAAUGUUGAAUCUACAUCUGUAUUCUUCUCUUUCGUCUGUUGUAUUUGUUCCUCUUUUGCAGUCUCUAGUUAGCAUCACGAAAGAAAAAUAAUAGCCUUGAAAAUAUUUUAAACAAAUUAAAUCUUGCUCUUGACAAACUUAGGAGAGUUACAUGAUUUCCUUUUUGUUAUUUGGUUCAAUUCAUCCUAUCCAAUGUAAUUAGACAAUUUUGCAACCAGGAUAGGCUUUCUAUCUUGUUGGGAA